AUGUCGACGCAACCGCUUUUGCAGCGCACGGCGGGCAAGCGCAUUGCGCUGCCUGUGCGUGUUGAGCCCAAAGUAUUCUUUGCGAAUGAGCUCCUCUCGUGGCUUAGUUUCACGGUUACGCUCUCGGCGCUUGCGGUGGGCCUGCUCAACUUUGGCGACCGCGUUGGCCGUGUGAGCGCUGCGCUCUUUAGCUUUGUCGCCGUUGCGAUCAUGCUGUAUGCGCUUGUGACGUACCACUGGCGCGCGAAUGCGAUUCGCAAUCGGGGUAGUGGGCCAUAUGACGACCGCCUUGGUCCCACCGUCCUCUCUGUCUUGCUUCUCACCGCGAUUAUUGUCAAUUUUGUGCUGCGUUUCAGCGAAUAG